AUGCGCGUGAAUACGUCUUUGUUGAUUGCUGCUGUAACUUUGGUCUCUGCGCCUGGUUUCCAAUCUGCAUUAAUGGACCCUAAAGAACUCGAAGCUUACAGCAAAUAUUUUGAAGAGAGAAGCGCGGUACCAACGCGUCCUUAUACUCCGACAGUGGACGCAUCCGACGCAUCCGACAGUGACGAGCCUUCAGUUUCUCCAUCGACAGGAGACGCAAGUGACACACUUCAGAAUGACGAGGACAUUCAUGCUAUUCAUAAAUCCAACAAGCAGGUUCUCAACAACGCCUUAGGAAGUGCAGCUGGUAGCGAUGAUCACGCCAAGCUCAAUGCAUUGUAUGCUUUGAGCGAAGAUGACCUCCAUGAUAUCUUGCACAACAUGACCAGUACCAAACCGGGUGUUCCAUCAAAAACAGGACUUGCUUCCACUGUGUCUACCAAAAGCUCAACACCAAUGUCUUCGACAUCCAAUGACAGUGACACCGACGACUAUGCUACCUGGACCAAGUACUACAAGGACGAGAACCUUGGUCCCGUGGAAGACGCAUCUGGAUCUAAUGCUUAUCCAUCCAUUGAAGCAUCACCCACUAAAAACUACAACAUGGACACUGAACAGUUCGAUUAUGACGACGAUGUCCCAGUCACCCACUCGAAGACUAGUAAAAAUGACGACGACCUUGGUUUGGGAGCUGCUGCUGGAGGCGCUACUAUGUAUUCAGCUACUAAGGGUAAAAGUGGUAAAAUUGCGAAUGGUGAUAUCAACAAGUACCCUUCUAGUGCCUCGGAUGAUUCGAGUGAAAACGGCAGUUUGGAUGACUGGUGGCCAAUCUCAAAACAUUCCUCGAAGGGUUCGUACCCGAUGACUGACGGAAGCGACAUGAGUGACCUAUACUCCAAACCGAGCAGUGCGUACAAGCCAAAACCCACCUCCAAAGUGGAUGAUGAUGAUCUAUACACCCCACUUCCGGACGAGUCAACUUCCAAACCCUCGAGCAGUGUAUAUAAGCCAAAACCCACCUCCAAAGUGGAUGAUGAUGAUCUGUACGCCUCACUUCCAGACGAGCCAAUUUCUGGAAAGCCUUCUUCAAAAUCCGCGAGCUUGUACACUGACGGCAGUGACGACGAUUUCGUUUACAAGACACCCGAUAGCAAGAACGUUUCUCCCUACGGCCAGGACCCUACAAUUGGAGGCAAAACUGGUUUAACGAGUCCGUUUGAUGACGAGAAAGAGAAAAAGCUAGAUGAGAUUCUGAAAAGGUUAUCUGAUGAUCAUUCGGAUGACUCAAGCGAGUCCGGAAGCCUCUCCGAUAUGUACCCGCCAAUCAAAACAAACCCACAUACUGCUAACCUUGACGCUUCUACAAUUUCGGCAAACAAGAACAAGCUCGAGGCUGCUGUUGGACCCGCUGCUGCUGCUGGUGGAGGUCUUGGUGUUUUAAACUCCCUUACGAAGAUGGAUCAGAAAGAGUUAGACGCAAUUCUCGAGUCUCUUAGUAAGCCUGGAUCCAUCGACACCAGCGACGAUGGUAGUGACGCACUUGAUUUGUCUUACCUAUCAGAAAAACCGAAGGGUCAAAAGAUGGCGUACACACCGCCUACCGGAUCUAUGAGUGAUCCUUAUAUGGACGAUCUUUUGUCAAUGAGUGACAAGAAACCAAAAGGCCCAACUGUUGCCGAUUUACUCAAGAAAUACCCUAUGCCAGGAUCUCUUGACUCUGAAACUUCAUCAGGAAGUAGCGCUGAUGAUGACAAAUCCGCGGAUACAGAUGCAGACACUCCUGCUCCCACUCCUGCCCCUACUCCUGAACCAGAGAAACCUUGCCAUGUCAGCUGGUGGCGUAAACUUGCAUUCUGGCAUAGUGAGCACAAGUGUUCCGAAAGUCGCCGACUUCGCUUGGAUUUCAACUAA